AGCUUGAGAAACAACAGAAACUGAAUGAACUGGAUGUCGUAGUAGCAUUAAAACUGCACCAAGUUGAGCAUAUGGUGAACGGCGUUGUACCACAAGAUUUGUCUCAAUGUCUUGUGUUCUGUUGUCACGGCAUGUUCUCGUUGCAGAGAAGAAUUAAAGAACUGAAAGAUGAAAAGUCUGCACAAAGGAGACAUUACAAGGAGCAUCGACAGCAGCAUGUACAGCUGAUUAAAGAUCGUAAACUAAUGGAGGUCAAGAUACAAGAAUUAGAAGAGAAAUGCAACGAGAUGAUGAUGCUGAAAUUUGGGCGUGUUGUCGAUCUGGAAAAAUUAGAGACGAUUGGAGUGAACCGAAAUGUGGAAGAGCUCAAGGAAAAAUUACGUAUAAAUGAAUAUGCACAUGCUGAGGAAUUGCGAAAAUUAGAGGACAAGAUAGCACACAAAAAAGAUAAAAUUACAAAUUUAACGCAUGACAACACAGAUAAAAUAGAACAGUUAACAUUAUUGCUGGGAGAAAACAAAGAACUCGAAGGCCUUUUAGAUUCCAGACAAAAGAAUUUGGGUGAAAAACCGGGUGGUGAAUUUCAGGGCGUGCGAAAAGCGGACGUUCGAGAAAGGCAAAGGUUGAUUCAACUUGUCCAACUACAAGCGCAGGAAAUUGACGCCUUAAAAGAAGAAAUUGGUUUACUUUCGCGAAAAGGCGGGCAUAUUUUACCACCAACACAGCCUCCAUUACCGCAUACUGCUACCGCGGGUAGCAUGGGUCGCCCAGUUACCGGCAGUAAUCCAUAGUGCCUUGUAUUUUGUAUAAGUUUAUGAAAGUUUCUUCUUUGAAAAACUAUCCAAUUGUUACUGAAUGUUUGUUUGUUCACACCCUCAAUCUGUAUGGCACCUCCCUAUGGUAAAAUGGUAGAUUCCAUCUUCCUCAACCAAACACUGACAAUAUCCCAACAUUUUAGUUGCAGUACUUCCGCUUAACCCAUACAUACAUAUUCCGUCCUACAAAAAUGUGAAUACUCUAAGUUGUUUUUCAACUGCAAUUCUAUUUAUAUUUGGCAUAAUGUAGAUUUCGUGACAACACAAAGUAAACCAUAUUGUAAAAAUAAUUCUAUUUCUUGUGUGACUCAAUCUAUUCUUGUGUACUUAAAUAAAUUGUAAAUUUUCAUCUGUGCUAAUAAAAAUUGCUGUAUAUUUGUACUCUUUAUA